AAGCACUAGAUUAUCCAGAAGAACCUUACAUUGUUGUGACAUUGACAACAAUGCUGGCGAAGACAAUAUCCAUGUUCCACUUGUUUACAGUCAUUUUUCUCUCAAGGUCUCCAUUUUUUCCUCCGUUACUUCAGAUAAAUACGGUACUUCUGAAAUUAUAUUUUGUCACCAAAGCGGCGCCAGGGCAGAAGGGCAACUUGACUCACGUGCGAGCAGAGAGCGCGGCCGGGCGACGCGCAGGUGGCGCCCAGGACAGCCGCUUCCUCCGCGCCGCCCGCGCCGCCCCCGACGCGCGCUCCACCGCCUCCAGCGCCUCCGCCGCCGCCUCCAGCCCUCCUGCAAAAAGCACAGGGGCUCAUGCGUGUCCCAACGCAAUACCCUCAGCGAAUUUCAUUGCAAAACACCCCUAGAGCCGCUGUAACAUAACUGCGUUGGACAGUUGGAGCUGGCAGAGGUGAUGAAAGAGUGAUGGAGCGAGCACUCACACACGACUCGCGGCACCGGCUCGAUGGGCUCGGGUUCCUCCGGGGCGCCCUCUUCGCCCUUCCCCCGCAGGCGGUCUGCAACACGAGCACGUCGGCUCAUCACACACAGCGCGGUGAGCGAGCCACACAGUAUACAAUGUGACAUAGCGUCGUUGAUGGUAGACAACCUCCAAAAUUUUACAGAUGGAAGGAAAAACCCUUUUUGAUGUUACUGU